CUGUCACUAUGCAAUGCGAAGGGGAGGAUACCUGAAGGCUCGAAUGUAAUGCGCACGCGCACACGCAGGAGAUGGCGUUGACUAACAACUGUGCUUGUAGUAGUGAUUGUUGGUUUGCUAAGGUUCGUGACUUGAGAAAAUGAAGCUGCUUGCAGUUGUCCUGUCAUGGGGAUUCUUUGUAACUGAGGUGGUAGGUGAAUAUGGAAUGGUUCAUGUCACGUCGGAAAAGAGCAGCUCCAGUUCCAAAGAUUACUGCAUUCUGUUUAACUCCCAGUGGGCCCGUUUGCCCCAAGACCUGGCCAAAGCCGGACUCUUGCAACUCCAGAAUGAAACUGAAAUUGCACUCUGUUUACCCUCAGAUGUGCCAGAAGGGGGAUUCAUUAACCGCAUCCCAAUGGUCAUGCGAGGGAACUGCACAUUUUAUGAGAAAGUGCGACUGGCACAAAUCAACGGAGCUAGAGGCCUUCUAAUUGUCAGCAGAGAAACACUGGUACCACCAGGGGGUAAUCAGAGUCAAUUCGAAGAAAUAGAUAUUCCUGUGGCUCUCCUUAGCUACAGUGACAUGCUGGACAUUGGCAAAACAUUUGGAAAAUCUGUGAAAGUGGCUAUGUAUGCACCAAAUGAACCUGUGUUGGACUACAACAUGGUCAUUAUCUUUUUGAUGGCUGUUGGAACUGUUGCUGUUGGUGGUUAUUGGGCAGGAAGUCGUGAUGUUAAAAAAAGGUACAUGAAACACAAGAGAGAUGAUGGAUCAGAUAAAAAGCAUGAUGAUGAGACUGUGGAUGUUACCCCUAUAAUGAUCUGUGUGUUUGUGGUUAUGUGUUGCUCAAUGCUGGUUCUGCUCUAUUACUUUUAUGAUCACUUAGUGUAUGUGAUCAUUGGGAUAUUCUGCUUUGCUGCAUCAAUUGGUCUAUACAGCUGUCUGUCUCCGUUUGUCCGCAGAUUUCCUUAUGGAAAAUGCAGGGUUCCAGAUAAUAAACUGCCAUACUUUCACAAGCGACCACCUGUUUGGAAGCUACUGCUGGCUGCCUUCUGCAUCAUGGUCAGUGUUAUCUGGGGAGUAUACAGAAACAAAGAUCAGUGGGCCUGGGUUCUUCAAGAUAUACUUGGAAUAGCAUUUUGCCUUUACAUGCUGAAGACAAUCAGAAUGCCCACAUUUAAGGGAUGCACUUUACUCUUAUUUGUUCUCUUCGUUUAUGAUGUGUUCUUUGUCUUCAUUACUCCAUACCUCACAAAGCGUGGGGAGAGCAUCAUGGUAGAAGUUGCCUCUGGGCCAUCAAACUCUACUACUCAGGAAAAGCUUCCAAUGGUCCUUAAAGUACCAAGAUUAAAUUCCUCACCCCUGGCUCUUUGUGACAGACCAUUCUCUCUCUUGGGCUUUGGGGACAUCUUGGUACCAGGCUUGCUAGUUGCUUACUGUCACAGGUUUGAUAUACAGGUACAGUCAUCAAGGAUUUACUUUGUAGCCUGCACUAUAGCCUAUGGAAUAGGCCUUCUACUGACCUUUGUAGCACUGGCAUUAAUGCAAAAGGGACAACCUGCUCUGCUCUAUCUCGUCCCCUGUACCCUCCUCACCUGCCUUGCAGUAGCACUUUGGCGCAAGGAAUUACACAUGUUCUGGACCGGAAGCGGAUUUGUGAAAGACCUUCCUCAGCCCCCUUUAGUAGUGAAUCCAAGUGGCUCUGAUGCCUGUUUAGAAGAGAAGACAGAGGAUCAAGAGCAUGAAGAAGACACAGACAGACACCCUGCUGAGCCACAUUUUUCAGAUCUAGAGACAUCUAAACUUAAUGAGCAACAGGAGAACCCAGAUAAAGCCUUGUCUCAGGCUGAGCAGAUUGUAUACCCAGACAAAAAUCAUCAUCCGAGAUCAUCUGACAUGGAUGUUAUUGCAACAGUUCCUGAAUUGCCAGAGCCCUCAUUAGAAAUUGAAAGAAACAUUUCCGAUGCCGCUAUAUCCACAGAGUUACAAUCUACCUCUGCACUAUUUAUUGAAACUCCAACCAUGCAAAAAAGCCAUCAAUAAAGGAUAUAUAAACAUGUUAAGCACCCUUAGUGCCAAGGCACCUGCUUAUAUAGGUAAUUGUUUUAUUGCACGUAAAGUCAGGAUGAUAACUCCCAUGAUCUUCAUAUACGUAGAAUGAAAUUGCAUAUUUGGAUUCUUCUUGUCAAAAUUGUGAGCUAAAAAGAGCUGUUAUAUUUAGAAAAAAUGGUGCUGGUCAAGAUAUUAAAGAAUACAACAAACAUUUAUCAAACUUGA